GCGCUGCCCGUCUGAGUGUGUGUAUUUUACAGUUUGGAAGCGACCGGCGAGUAGUUCGUAUCGGCAUUGUAGCAGCAGAGCGCCGUCGCCCCGUUUUUCGUUGUCGUCGUCGUCGUCGUUCUCGUCGUGAUCUCAGUGUUCAGUAGCUCCAGCGCCCAGCGUCCAGCGUUCCAAUCGCCUCUCGUUGUUGUCCCGCUUUUGGGGACGGUUUGCCAUCCAAAAAUUUUUUGUUGUUCAUUUUUUUUGGGUUUCACUUUGUUUCUAAAACAACAAAGCAGAAGAGUAAGAGAGAGGAGCGGAGCGGUGAGGAGAGGAGAGGAGAAAGAAUUGUAGUUGCAACAAUCCGUACAACCAGAAGCCGCAGCAGAAACAAGCAACAAAAACACCGCGUCGCGGCUGACGUUUUGCCGCCGCCAAAACAGCAAAAAAGAAAAAACACAAAAAGCGCUGACAAAAAAGAAAAACCAACCAAAAAUGCAAACAAAAACAACACCAACUAAAAAACGUAUUUAUUUUUUUUUAGCAAGUUUCAAAAUUCUGUUUGUAUAAUGAAAAACCAAGAAAACCAUAAAAAAAACAAGUGACAAAAAGAAAAGUUAACAAAAAGAGAAACUGAAAAACAAAAUACAAAAACCGAAUAGAAAACCCAAAAAAAAUUAAGAGGAAAAAAGCGAGAGUGCAGAACAAGGAUUAAAUGGUGUGUGUUGUACAUAUAUUGAUGUGAGUGACUGUGUGUGUCUAAAAGCAAAAGCGAAUCAAAAAAGUACCUGUCGAACAAACAACAACAACAAAAACAGCAACAACAACAAGAGGAAGAAGAAGAAGAGCAACAAUUGCAACACUAAGAACAACAAAAGCAACAAGAGAGAAGAUCAGAAGAAGAAAGCUUUCCCGAAUACAGCUAGAACUCACGAAAGCUUCUUAAAGCUUCGCCGCUGGCAGAGACCACUGCAACUGUAAGGAGAGCAAGCAAAAGCACAGAAAGACAAACAGCUGUGUGGAUACAAAGGAAGAAAGAUAGAGGAGGAUCUCUUGCAGUCGAAGGAUACACGCUUCCCACAGCGGUAGAGCGGUAUAGCGGUAUAGCGGUAGAGAGCGAGAGAGUGGAUGAGAGGAGGACAUUUCUGCAUGACGCACAUGGUUCCAGUAAUUGUAAUGUAAUGAGAUACGACGUCCAGGAGCUGCUACUUCAUCAGUCUGCUGAGGAUCCAUUCGCCAGGUUCGCAAAUGGGAUGGCAUAUCAUCCAUUUCUGCAGCUAACGCAAAGACCCACUGACUUCAGCGUAUCCUCGCUGUUGACGGCGGGUAGCAACAACAACAACAACAACUCCUCCUCGAACAGCAACAACAGUAACAACAACAACCCGAACAACAACAACAACAGCAACAGCAUUGUUGCAGCAGCGGCGGCAGCAGCAGCAGCAGCGGCAGCAGCACAUCUCAGCAGCAGCUCCCCCGGUGGGGCAGGUGGUGCCGGUGCCGGCGGUGCGGGUGCAGGUGCGUCUGCAGGUGGUGGUGCUGCCAGCUAUCACGGCAGCUCCCCAUCGCAGCUUUCGCCGCAGAGCAACCACAGCAACAACAACAACAACAACAACAAUCAUAGCCAGCAGAACAAUAACAACAACAACAACAACAGCCACAGCAAGGGACACUUGACCACCGAAGAGCCACGAUCCCCAACGUCCACAUCCACGCCUCCACCGCAACAACAGCAACAACAGCAGCAGCAGCAGCAGCAGCAGCCACCGCCGCCGCCUCCACACCCACACCAUCCGCCACCAUCCUCAGCGACAGUGCCACAUCCCGCCCAUCAUUCACCCAGCGUGGGCGCCACGGGAGCCAAUCCCCAUCCAGGGCCAGCGGCAGGAGCAGCGCCGGCCUCGGGCCAUCACCAUCCGCCGCCUCAGCAGCAGCAGCAGCAGCAGCAUUUGCCACCGCAACAGCAGCCGCCACCACCGCCGCCGUACUUUCCCGCCGCCGCUUUGGCCGCUCUGGCCGGUAGUCCAGCCGGACCACAUCCAGGGCUGUAUUCCGCCGGCGGGCUGCGCUUUCCGCCGCAUCCCGCCCACCCGCACGCCCACCAUCCGCUGGGCACCGCCUACACGACGGCCGAGGACGUGGUCCUGGCAUCGGCCGUGGCCCAUCAGCUCCAUCCGGCAAUGCGACCGCUGCGCGCCCUCCAGCCCGAGGACGAUGGCGUCGUCGAUGAUCCCAAGGUGACGCUCGAGGGGAAGGAUCUGUGGGAGAAGUUCCACAAGCUGGGCACGGAGAUGGUCAUCACCAAGAGCGGCAGACAAAUGUUCCCGCAAAUGAAAUUUCGUGUUUCGGGACUGGACGCCAAGGCUAAAUACAUCUUGCUACUGGAUAUCGUUGCGGCGGACGAUUAUCGUUAUAAAUUUCAUAAUAGUCGCUGGAUGGUGGCCGGCAAGGCGGAUCCGGAGAUGCCAAAACGCAUGUAUAUCCAUCCAGAUUCGCCCACAACGGGUGAGCAAUGGAUGCAGAAAGUUGUUUCCUUUCACAAAUUAAAAUUGACCAACAAUAUUAGUGAUAAACAUGGAUUUGUAAGUACUACCAUACUGAACUCGAUGCACAAGUAUCAGCCGCGUUUCCACCUGGUGCGCGCCAACGACAUCCUGAAGCUGCCGUACUCCACAUUUCGCACGUACGUGUUCAAGGAGACCGAGUUCAUAGCCGUAACUGCAUAUCAAAACGAGAAGAUAACUCAACUGAAAAUCGACAACAAUCCCUUUGCGAAGGGCUUUCGUGAUACUGGUGCUGGCAAAAGGGAAAAGAAUUGUUACAGGCAGGCGCUGAUGUCCAAUCGAGGGUCCGACUCGGACAAGCUCAAUCCGACCCACGUGAGCAGCUCCCGGGCGCCGCUACAUCUGGGGCAUGCCGGCCGGCCGCCACACAUGCAUCCGCACGCGGCGCUCCUGGACCAGCAGGACGAUGACGACAAGCUGCUGGACGUGGUGGGGCCGCCGCAGAGUCCGCUGUUGCCUUUGAGCCAUUCGCUGCAGCAGAUGCACGCGCACCAGCACUCGGCCCUGGCCGCUUGGUUCAAUCACCUGGCGGGCGCCGGAGCCGGGGAGCAUGCGGCGGCGGCUGCGGCCAAUGCCAACGCAGAGGACGCCCUCCGGCGACGCCUGCAGGCGGACGCAGACGUAGAGCGCGACGGCAGCGACUCGAGCUGCUCGGAGAGCGUCGGCGGCAGCACCGGCGGUGCCUUUCGACCCACCUCCACGGGCAGCCCCAAGGAGGGGAUGGGUGCCACGGCGGCGGCGGCGGCCGCUGCAGCGGCUGGCCUCAAUCCCGGAGGCAGCUACCCCUCGCCGAACAUCUCGGUGGGCCCACCGAUCCACCCGUCGCCGCAUCUGUUGCCUUACCUCUAUCCGCACGGCCUCUAUCCGCCGCAUCACCUGGGUCUGCUGCACAACCCGGCAGCGGCCGCCGCCAUGAGCCCCGCCGGCCUCAAUCCCGGCCUGCUCUUCAACGCGCAGCUGGCGCUGGCCGCCCAGCACCCGGCGCUCUUCGGCCACGCCUACGCGGCGGCCGGGCACACGCCGGUCUCUCCGCUGCAGGGCCUCAAGAGCCACCGCUUCUCGCCGUACAGUCUGCCGGGCAGCCUGGGCUCCGCCUUCGACGCCGUAACCCCGGGCUCCAAUGCGAACCGCAGUGGUGGCGGGGGCGCUGACGGACCCCCACCCGGAGUGCUGGGCGCCGGCGGGUCCGGCGGGUCCGGCGGAGGAGUAGAGAACGGACCCCGCAGCCUCAGCUCCAGCCCCAGGCCGCGGGCCUCCUCCCACUCGCCGCCCACGCGCCCCAUAUCAAUGUCGCCCACCACGCCGCCCUCGCUGCUGAAGCGCCAGGCCCAGCAACAGCCCCAGCACUCCCCCUCGGAGCUGAAGAGCAUGGAGAAGAUGGUCAACGGGCUGGAGGUGCAGCACAAUGGCAGUGCCGCUGCUGCGGCGGCUGCUGCGGCCGCGGCCUUGCAACUGGCCGAGGAGACGGCCCAGCUGCACCACCACACGCAGGCCCACCACCAGCAUCCGCACUCGCAUUCGCAUCCGCACUCGCAUCCGCACCAGCAGCCGCACCAUGGGGCAGUGGCGGCCGCCACGGAUCAGUGACAAUUACUGGACGGCCGCUCCGAUUGCGAGGAGGACGGCCUGGAGCUGGAGCUCGAGAUGGAGGACGAUGUGGACGAUGAUGAGGACGAGCACGACCGCAGCUCGGUGAUCGACCUCGAUGUCGAUGUCUGACCGCAGACGGGUCUGUUGCAACGCCUUUAGCCUGCGCCCCAACUCAGCUGGGUCCGUGCCCCCAGUCCGCUCUCGUUCCCGGCACCGUUCCCGCUGCCGGCCUUGUCCUGGUCCUCGCCCGUGGCGGUCGUCUAGCGACCCUCCUGCUGCUCCUGCACCUGCACGCCCCACUGUUGUAUAUAGUAUCGGCGCGACCUUCCCCCGAGCAGAAUUUUAGCAUGUAGGCAUUUGUAGUAUAUAGUGGAAAACGCAAUCCCAAUCUCCUACCCCCCUCCAAGGGUGUAGCCCUCUUUCACUUCUGCCCUCUAAUCCGCUCCUGGAUGUGGAUGGAUUCGCUCUGUGGCUUCGCUCUGGAUUUGACCGCACAGAGACAGUACUUUUUUUGUCCCGUUUCUAAGCAACGUGUAGCCCGCAGAACCUCUGGUGGGGCCCGAUGCAGAGCGAAGAAGAAGCGGAGGUAUAUGCAGAGAGAGAGAGAGAGAGAGAG